AUGCCUCUUCCGGCGAAACGUGCUGCACAGUGUCGAAACUUGCUUACAAAGCGAUAUGCAAGCGAUAACAGAAGUAAAAGCGGAAUUGGUCUUUCUGACGAUGAUUCAUAUAUGGAAGAGAAACCUGAGCCUGAAAAGGAGCCAUCAAAUUUUACUGAAAAAAUCUGUCUAGAUGAUCUAGCAGCUUUAUUUGAUCUAUGCAAGUCAAGGGCAAAGUUUAAAGAUAAUGGAGCUCGUCCGUAUUUUGAGGGACAUGAACGUCCCGAUGCUCUAGAAAGUCGAAAAGACUUCGUCGAUUAUUCUCUCACUCGAGAGUCAAAUUUUUACACUGUGAGCGAUGGAGAUAAACCGUUCUGGAUGUUGCCUCAGCCUUUUGUCGGUCCAAAAUCUAUUUUAACGUUUCAUGAUGAGUCAACAUUUCGUUCCGGAGAAAUUGCUCCAAAGCGUUGGUUUUAUGGCGAGGAUGCGCCAUUCUAUUCGAAAGGCAAGGGUCGUUCAAAUGUGAUAAGCGACUUUGCGAUUGCUCAUGCGUCUGGACCUUUUUUUAUUUUGGAUCAACAAGAAUACCAACGCGCCGUUCGAAAAUAUCCGGAAUUGGAUAUGGUGUCAGGUGUUGAUUAUGUUGAAAGAACUGUUACUGCGUCUAUUAAUAUCGGCUAUGACGCCUACUUUGACAAUGAUACUAUCCUGGGACAGUUUGAAAGAUUAUUCAAAAUGCUGGAGUUUAAAGAAGAUUUUAAAGAUUAUGCAAUUUAUUUAAUUGUGGAUAAUGCCCGUACACACACUAAGAAAUCCCACAAUCUGCUUGAUUUUCGAAAAAAUAUUGGAAAAAAGUGUCCGGUCGAUAGAAUUGAAUACUUAGAUUAG